AUGCCGUCGCGCCACCUGGGAUCUUCGGGCUACCGUGGCGUCCGUGAGCGCCCCUCCGGCGCCUUCUACGCCGAGAUUCGGUCCGGCGACGUCCGCCUCGGCCUCGACACGUUCGAGACCGCGCACGAGGCCGCACGCACGUACGACGCGGCGGCGUGGCGCCUCCAGAGGCCUCGCCAACAGAUGAACUUCCAGGACGUCUGGACGUGCGAGCAGGCGCAGGCCCUCGCCCCUCCGCCGCGGCUAAUAACUGACGCUGACCGUCAGGAACACCGUCGGCGUCGGCGGCAGCGCCGCCUCCUCAUCGCCAAGGCGGACGAGCGAGCCAUGGCGGAGUGA